GCCACAUCUUUCCGCAUUGUGAUGACGUCGUCGUCUCAACCUUGAUAUAUUAAAUCUAGAUUACACCACUUUUAUUGUUUCUUUCUUUAUUAUUUUGCUUCUUUAGUAAAGACUUGAUUGAAUGUAACAGAUAUUUAAUAAUAGUCAACGUCAAGAGAAACGUGGCUGUCAAACUAUAAGUUUAUCGAGGUCGCAACUUCGGGUUGUGUGUCUUUGAUACAUUCUGUGUAUGUUGCAUUUCUAUCUGCAACAGGUUCAGUCUUUGCGCAUUCGUCGAGAAAUAAUUGCUACGGUUCAAGAUGACUACCUCGUGGAGUGACCGCUUACAGAACUAUGCAGACCUGCCAGCCAACAUGGAUGGUGUGGCUAUGAAGAAGUAUAGGCGUGAAGCCUAUCACAGCUUGCCAAGGGAACUGGCCCAAAAUCAUCCUGCUAUGAGAGUUUUUGUCAACAGAAGCUUGGCCAUGGAGAAGAUCAAAUGCUUUGGCUUUGAUAUGGAUUACACUCUGGCAGUGUAUAAGUCUCCUGAGUAUGAGUCGCUGGGGUUUGAGCUCACAGUUGAGCGCCUCGUGUCCAUAGGGUACCCGCAGGAGCUGCUAAACUUUGUCUAUGACCCCGCCUUCCCCACCAGGGGUCUUGUGUUCGAUACAAUGUUUGGAAACCUGCUCAAGGUGGAUGCCUAUGGCAACAUUCUGGUCUGUGCCCAUGGUUUCAACUUUAUGAGAGGGCCUGAGACCAGAGAGAUGUACCCGAACAAGUUUAUCCAGCGUGGAGACACAGACCGCUUCUACAUCCUCAACACACUCUUCAACCUCCCUGAAACGUACCUCUUCGCAUGCCUGGUUGACUUUUUCUCCAACUGCUCCAGAUACACCAGCUGUGAGUCGGGAUUUAAGGAUGGCGAUCUCUUCAUGUCCUACAAGAGCAUGUUCCAGGAUGUAAGAGAUGCAGUGGAUUGGGUCCACUUCAAGGGAUCCCUUAAAGAAAAGACAGUGGAGAACUUGGAGAAGUAUGUGGUUAAGGACGGAAAGCUGCCUCUCCUGCUGAGUCGGAUGAACGAAGUGGCCAAGGUGUUCCUUGCCACAAACAGUGACUACAAAUACACAGAGAAAAUCAUGACCUACCUGUUCGACUUUACUCAUGGACCAAAGAUGGGCAUGCCCCAUCGGCCUUGGCAGUCCUACUUUGACCUGAUUCUUGUAGACGCCCGCAAGCCUGUGUUUUUUGGAGAGGGGACUGUGCUACGACAGGUUGACACAACCACGGGUCGCCUGAAGAUCGGCACCUACACAGGACCCCUGCAGCAUGGCAUCGUGUACUCCGGAGGCUCCUCGGACAUGGUGUGUGACCUGCUGGGGGCCAAGGGGAAGGACAUCGUCUACAUCGGGGACCACAUCUUCGGGGACAUCCUGAAGUCUAAGAAGCGCCAGGGCUGGAGGACCUUCCUGGUCAUCCCCGAGCUGGCCCAGGAGCUGCACGUCUGGACCGACAAGAGCUCUUUGUUUGAGGAACUGCAGUCGCUGGACAUCUUCCUGGCAGAGCUGUACAAGAAUCUGGACAGCAGCAGUAAUGAGAGGCCUGAUAUCAGCUCACUGCAACGUAGGAUUAAGAAAGUGACCCAUGACAUGGACAUGUGCUACGGCAUGAUGGGGAGCCUGUUCCGCAGCGGCUCCAGACAGACGCUGUUCGCCUCGCAGGUGAUGCGCUACGCCGACCUGUACGCCGCCUCCUUCAUCAACCUCCUCUACUACCCCUUCAGCUACCUGUUCAGGGCCGCACACGUCCUGAUGCCCCACGAGUCGACGGUGGAGCACGCCCACGUCGACAUCAACGACACCGAGUCGCCGCUGGCCACACGCAACCGCCACUCCAUGGAUCUGAGAGAGUUUGAGUGCAAGCGCCACCAGCUGACGCGCUCAGUCAGCGAGAUCCAGCCCCCGCACCUGUUCCCCCAGACGCCCCAGGAGAUCACCCACUGCCACGACGAGGACGAUGACGAGGAGGAGGAGGAGGAGGAGUAGAGAGAGGAGAGGAACAUGAGGAAUGGAGAGGUCAGGAGUAGGCUGGGAGAGGAGGAGGAAGGGGAAGAGUCGAGAGAGGAGGAAGAGUAGGGUGGUGGAGCGGUAGAAAAGGAGAAGUAGGAGGAGUCUGAUAGGCUCACGUUUUGAGGUUACAGCACACAUGAGAGGAGGCUCAUGGUGUACAGUAUGAGCACAGUUACCAAAUGUCCUGGUGAAAUAACGGAGGGUUGAAACGAGAAUGAAGAUAAAGGAGUAUUCCUUGAAUAAGUAUGGUUAGCCCUAUCCUGUAAACAUGAAUAUUUGACCGUCUGUAUAUAUCCAUUAAGGCUCAUUUCAUUUUAUUUUGUUGUUCCUUUUUUUUUUUUUUACUGAGGAAAUCUGAGUGGAUGUAUUUUUGUAACUCCAUACACCAUACCUCUGCAAACAGCUGGAGGUGACUGGGGUCACUGGUGUCCCCUUACCCUGCCUGCAUCCCUCGCAGCAGCCCUUACUCUUUAACACUUUGACAAGCAAUGCACUCUGACCUACCACUGCCCUCCAGCAGAGAGUGUGCCAUAGUUGAACCUUCAUCCUUUGCUCACCGACUGCCCUAAAUAAGGAAUGUAUCCUUGGUUAAUAUUUGAACCCUUAACAGACUUAGCUCAUAUGGAGGAACGGUUACACGGUUACAAACGUGUGUAUGUAAAAGCCGUGGUACACACUAUGGGUGGAAUUUGAUAAAUAGAAAUAUCGCAUUACACAUGGCAGCAACAGGUCCAAAGUAGCCUAGCAUUCCAUAGGCUGAAUUCUGCUCUAGAGAUCAUUCAAUAGCAUCUGAUUACCAGCACUGGGAAGGCUCCUCCUAUUGACUUAUGUAACAGACUGAGAAUGCUUGCUUGUAUCUCUCAUCGUCAGUUAUUCUCUGAUUAGUACAAUGCAGUACUGUAUAUUUACAUUAAUAUUCCAACCCUUCUAUCCACAGACUGCAGACCAGGGCAAUAUUGUGUAUUGUGAAGUAUUGUGUGUUGUAUCACUUCACUUCCCUCUAUGAGUUGGUCACUGCUGACUCUGUCCUGCCUCCGAGUCUUGUACGUGGAUGUAACUGUACUACAUCAGCUUGUUUCUGAGUGUCGUUUCAUAGCUAUCGAAAGAGAAACUAUCCAGGAGAAAGAUGCUUGUCGUGUUACUGUAUGAAUCCUAAAGGAAUGUAUUUGCGCUAGCCGCUAGGCUGCUAAAUUGGGUUGGGUGGUUGCUACUUGUGACGUUGCCUUAACGGAUGCCAUGUUUUCUGCCUGCUUGCCUUUCUCCAUUUAGCUGCAGUACUUGUCACCGUAUCAUGCAGAUGCUGAAUUGUCAGCAAAUUGGAACAUAUAGGCUAAAGCACUGGGCUUUGCAAAACUCUGAAUUGCAUUUUGUAUUUGCUUUAACAAAAUAAUAAUGUAACUGCUCAUUUUUUACGUUGGCAUUUGUUUUAAAGACACUUCAACCAUGUGACUUGGGUCCUGUCAAGUUCAGUUUUUGUUUUGUAUUGAUGCUGUUUGGACAGCAUUCUUGUGAGGUGAAAUUCUGCACUGCCAGAAAAGUCCUUUGACUUCAGCUAUCAUUGAGGUACAUACCACUUUGUACUGGAGAAUGAAUGUAGGAUUGUUUGUGGUCCAUGAACCGCUUAAAGUUGCCUUAGCUUCCUCCCCAACCCCUCCAAAAAGGUUUGUCUAACUUCCCCAUGCUGGUCAAAGGUUGUGAAAAGGGAUCAUGUUAGUGUAAUGUAAAUGCACAGAUCAAUGGGGGUUAUUUUAUUUUUUUAUAUAGUUUUAACUUGAAUUUCUUGACUGUAAAGCAUUGUCCUGUUUGUUUGGAUGUUUUAUAUGAGAAGAGAAACUAAACUGGAUUGCAUUAAAAUACAUAUUUUUACCCGAUGAAAAUCCUGCUGUAGAAAAGCAAGUUGCCAAUCGGUGUGAUCUUUAUUGUAAUUUGCUCUUAAUCAUGCAGUGGCAUACUUUGUCUGCAUGCUCUGUUAAAAUAGUUAUAUGUAUACCUCAAGUUAAAUCAUAUUUUGAGCAAUUUGGACAGAUUAGACCUGUUUUCUUGUUACCAAUGAUCAAUAACCUAAAGAGAAUUGCCUUAUUUUUCCAUGCAUGCUCUUCUGUUUUUAAGUUUUGUUUCUAAGCAUGCUCAGUUUUCUUUCAAAUAAAGUGUAUUGUUCUGAGUACCCUUACAAGGAGUCCUA